ACAAAUAGUGAACUCCACAGCAGGCACUGACGUCCGAAUCAAAAAUAUACUUCUUCAGACACGUUUUAGUUGUUUUAACUGAAUCCACGCUCUCCGCUUUCAUCUCGAGUGUCCACUGAGCGAAGGAUGGUCACAGCGGAUCCUUCUUUUACACUGCCUUAUCCAGAAACGACCCCUCCCUGGGUGAAGUCGCAACGCCCUGACGUGACGUAGGCUGUUUCGUUGGUGUUGAAAAGCCGUUGCAGUUCUUCAUAGUGCCAUUGAAGUGAGUCAUCUCUAGGAAGUGUGGUGAAAAGGAAAAGAAAAAAAAAAAAGUUAGAACUGUUCCGUGAACAGCAGAGAGCUCAGAGAGAGUGUGUAGUAGGCAAGGCGACGGAAAAUAUUCAGAAAUUCAGCCAGGCAAUAGGUUUUAAAGCGAAUGUUAACCUGCGUGAGUCACUCUGUAAAUACAGGUUCACUUUGUCUCAACUGGAUUUGACUGCUGGAGGUGUGCUGCUGACUUUAGGUUGAAGUUUGCGCACCUGAGAGGAUCUCUAAUAGUGUAGUAUAGAUCUACCUGCAGCUCAGAGGUAAUAAAGGCACAAUAAGAAGUCGCCUUUACAAGCAGGGCUAACACACAAGAAUAUAUUUGUUCUAACUGGUAACGUCUGUGAGAUGUUUUAGGUUAGUUUAGAGGAGCGUAACUGCACUUUUGUCUUUGCCAAACUCUUUUCUGGAUAUCCUAAAAGAAAAAAAAAAACGACGAGUCAGAGGAUUUUCCUGUUGGUGCCUUUCAUUGCGAGGAUUUAAAAAAAAAAGAGGUUUCAGAGCUCAAAUCGUCUACUGAAACCUCACUCUUUCCUGGAUCAUGUACCAGGACUACUCCGGGAACUACGACACCUCGUCCCGCGGCAGCAGCACCUCUCCGGCCCAGCCAGAGUCCUUCACAAGCGGCAGCAGCACGAUCGGAAGUCCGAUCUCUACCUCAAACUACCAGAAGUACAGGGUCGACAUGCCCGGCUCCAACAGUGCCUUCAUACCCACAAUCAAUGCAAUCACGACCAGCCAAGACCUACAGUGGAUGGUACAGCCCACCGUCAUCACCUCCAUGUCUAACCCUUACCCCCGCUCCCACCCAUAUGGCCAUCACCUAACCAAUGGGCCGGGUUUGUUGGGGCACAACACCCUGGCUCGGCCCGGGGUCAUCCGCUCCAUUGGGGAUGCCAGGGGCAGACGCAAGAGGGAUGAACAGCUCACCCCGGAGGAAGAGGAGAAAAGGAGGGUGAGGCGUGAGAGGAAUAAGUUAGCCGCCGCCAAGUGCCGCAACCGCAGACGAGAGCUCACUGAGAUGCUGCAAGGGGAGACUGAGAAGCUGGAAGAAGAGAAAGCAGACCUGCAGAAGGAGAUCGAGACCCUGCAAAAGGAGAAAGACAAGCUGGAGUUCAUGCUGGUUGCCCACAAUCCCGUGUGCAAGCUCCCCAUCGAGGAGCGCCACCAGUCAUCAGGGCACCAGCAGCACCAGCAGCAGUGUGGCCCCCUCCCCCUGACCAUGCGCUCCAAUUUAGGUACCCGGGCUCAAAUGAACCAGGUGGUAGUGAAGCAAGAGCCAGUGGACGACGAGGAGAGGGUGGGUAAGCCGCAGCGCUCCGUCAUCAAGCCCAUCUGCCUGGGUGGUGGUGGGAUCGUCGGCGGGAUGUACUGCACAGAUGACAGCCUGAACACGCCAGUGGUGGCGGCUUCCACCCCGGCCGCCACACCUAAUGCCCCAAGCCUCAUAUUCACCUACCCGAGCAUGCUGGAGCCCGACAGCCCCUCACCUUCUUCUGAGUCCUGCUCCAAGGCCCACCGGCGCAGCAGCAGCAGUGGCGACCAAUCCUCAGACUCCCUCAACUCGCCCACUCUCCUAGCCCUCUGAGCGAGGGCUCGGCUUGGCGUAGCUGAAAAAAUGAACACUGUGGCUGAAGGCAAGCAUGAGGAUCAACUGCGCCCACCCCCAUCCUUUGUCUUUUAAAGACCAAGAGCACAUUCAACAGUCCAGACCAAGCUGACCAUGUGAGCCGUUUCCCCGUCUGCAGGGAGACCCACAAGGGCUACGCCAUGUGUUUCUUCUUGUUCUGCUUCAGUGUACAUUUUUUUUAUUUUGUAAAAGUUUGUGCACCAAUCCUAAGAAGUGUCACCCCUUCGCCAUUUCAACUCCAGAGUGUCAUCUUGUUUACUGAGCAGACAAUUCUGAAGAAAAACAAGCCUAAAAUUGGCAGUUGUGAGUUGAUGUGACUAAACUAGAGAGCACGUUCUUAAUAUAUUUUUUUGAAAAUGUUUAAAAAGCCAUGUGGCCGACACUUGCACUCCGCCAAGACGAAUCAAUAAAUCACUAAACGAGGUCAACGUUCUACUGGAAUUUCUGAGGAGAGAAAGAGACAAUAAGCAAAGACUUCCCUCAGUGUAUUUUCCAUCUAGAUUUGUCCUUUCGUAACUUGGACCUCGAUUCAGGAAUUGCUACUUAGAGUGUAUACCCAUUUCUAACGCUAUUUCCAUCUCUUUAAUUGUAUUUAUGGCCUGUGCUGAUUAAAUUUUACAAAGUGUUUUGUUGAGACAUUGUCCUCUCCCUAAUCUGCCUGUAGAAAAGCAAAAUGGUCAACGAAAGGGUGACCAAAGCACUCCUCAGUGUUGCAAAGGAUACGAGCCAACUUUCAAUCAAUGACUAGUUCCUCAAUACUCUAUACCUUCUAUUUUGCCAUAGUGGCUUGACUUUACAGUAGUAUUGGUGUGCUUUUCCUCAGUGAUUCUGUACCUGAACUUUGUUGAACAUGUUUAUGACAAAGUGUAUGUGAUUUACAUUGAUGUCAGGGAUAUCUCUCAUGUGUAGUAGAACCCCCCAUCGUGAAGAACGUUGCAGGACUGCAGGCUGUUGUAUGGUCUAGCCAAAGUGUUGCAGAGGUGGUACUAUAUGUGAAGGGACAAUACACUUCUUCGCUUCAUUGUGUCACAUCAAGAAAAGGUUUGUCUUUGUUGCUCAGACGUUUCAAAGACGACAUCAAAGUUUGGACAAAGCCCUCCUCAACUGGAUUCCAUGCUCCUUUCUUUGUUUCUUGCAUUCUCUAAAUAAAAGGUCUAACCUUUUUCAACACUGCCUCUCAGGGCAGGUCAGGUUUCAAAAAGCCAAAAAGGUUUGUAUGACACAUGUAAUCCUGUAAUUCGUCCAUCUUUGUCUAAAAGGAGGGAUUUUGCUCAAAUUUUAAAAAGCCACUGUGGUCUAGACUGUCGCCAGCUGCCAAUGAUGUCAACCCUGUUUAUACUGUGUUUGUAAAUCUGUCACUUUUAGUAAAGAAAUGAUGUUUAAAUUGAA